GACAUUACAUUUCACCCAGCUACAGUCUGAGGAUUUUCAUCACUGGGAGCCGCACUGAAAACAAUUCUGCCUUCAGUCCACUCCUAGUUGAUACACUGACUUUGGACAUGUCAGCUCCUGUAUGCACUGACCGCGGUCCUUUCUGAGAUGGCAUCUGUGAUUCAGUUAUUCAAAAUUUAAUGAAGUCGGUGACCCUGUGACAAUGUGGAGAAAUCAUGUCAGAAAAUGUGGUUAGUACUGGGGCUGUCAAUGCUGUGAAGGAAGUUUGGGAAAAAAGAAUAAAGAAACUCAAUGAAGACCUGAAGCGAGAGAAGGAAUUCCAACAAAAGCUAGUGCGAAUCUGGGAAGAACGAGUAUGCUUAACCAAGCUAAGAGAAAAGGUCACCAAGGAAGAUGGAAGAGUCAUUUUAAAGAUAGAAAAAGAGGAAUGGAAGACUCUCCCUUCUUCUCUACUAAAACUGAACCAGCUACAGGAAUGGCAACUUCAUAGAAUUGGCUUGCUGAAAAUUCCUGAAUUCAUUGGAAGGUUCCAGAACCUUAUUGUGUUAGAUUUAUCUCGAAAUACAAUUUCUGAGAUACCUCGAGGAAUUGGACUGCUCACUAGACUUCAGGAACUGAUUCUUAGCUACAAUAGAAUCAAAACUGUCCCCAUGGAACUAAGUUACUGUGCCAGCUUGGAGAAACUUGAACUUGCUGUUAACAGAGACAUAAGUGAUCUUCCACAAGAGCUCAGCAAUUUGUUAAAGCUUACUCACCUUGAUUUGAGUAUGAACCUCUUUACUACAAUCCCUCCUGCUGUGUUGAACAUGCCUGCUCUUGAGUGGCUUGAUAUGGGAAGCAACAGACUCAAACAACUUCCUGAUACUAUAGAAAGAAUGCAAAAUCUACAUACAUUAUGGUUGCAACGGAAUGAAAUAACAUGUUUGCCAGAAACAAUCAGCAGUAUGAAAAAUCUGAGUACUCUUGUUCUCAGCAACAAUAAACUGCAAGAUAUUCCAGUGCGUAUGGAAGAGAUGACCAAUCUAAGGUUUGUCAACUUCCGAGACAACCCAUUGAAAUUGGAAGUAACACUUCCUCCCAGUGAAAACAUAGAUGAGGAAGAGGAACGGGAAUUAUUCGGCCUUCAGUUCAUGCACACAUACAUACAGGAGUCACGGAGAGCAGGUAACCAAGUCAACUGCUCAACUACUUCCCCAAACUCCAUAGAUGCUGAUGGAUAGUAUAAUUCAAGAUGCCCUGCUGAAGAGGAUUGCUUUGGGAAUUUGGUGAAUUCUCUAAUGUUUGGAUUUCUAAAGUAAAAAACAAAGCCAUUACUACUAAGUUCAAUGAGGCCACAACAUUUUUAAAGUUCACAUUAUCUGCUAUUUAAAUAUUUCCAUGAAUAUAAAAAUACAAUUAAAAAAAUUAUUUUUGGUGGAAGACAGAUGUUGUUCAAAAUUUCUUUCUUAUUAAGCACUUGUUUCUGGUGGUGAAGAAUGAUUUGGUAAAGCAGUUAACAAUACAUUUUCCAAAGAUACCAGAGGUUCUAUAUAGUACUGUAAAGCAGGACUGAAGCCUUUCUGCUGUAAAUACUUGAUUCGGCCUUGGUCAAUCAGCAAUUUACAAAGAUGCCCUAUUUUCUUCUUUUCUUCAACAGUAAGAAACCUAAAUUGAAUAAACACACAUAACACAUUAUUAAAAUUUUGUAAAACCUUAUAAAAAUUAUUUUAGCUAUUCCUAUUUACUGACAAACUGCUAAAUAACGCACAGUAUGUUCUAGGUGCUAUGUUCUAUGCGUCAAAAAAACGUUUUGUUAAUGCCAUAAUAAAAGUGUGUGUAUUUUAACUUAUUCUAAAAUUAGAUGGUAAAAUAUAUUUUCAUGAAUGAAUUUUUGGCAAUACUCAUCUAAAAAUAAAGUACAGCAAAAAUAA